AUGCUUCCAACCAGUCGACCCGCCCUCAAUCCUCUAGUCAGCCGCCUCUACCGCGGUAAGACUACAAGUUCAUCGACAUCAAGCAUCCCCAAAAUCGCUAUUCUAGACGACUACCUCAACAUCGCAACCGACCACUUCGCCCACCUCCCGCGCUCAAAAAUAUCCCUAACAGCCUUCACCGACUCACUACCACCAUACACACACUCUAGCACGACAACCACCCAAAAAGAAUUGCUAAUCACCCGCCUAAAACCAUUCACCGUGCUCUCCGCCAUGCGCGAGCGCACCCCCUUCCCCGCAGAAUUACUGCGCGCACUACCCAAUCUCCAACUCAUUCUCGCGACAGGGACGCAGUUUGAGACGUUCGAUCUUGCUGCUGCGCGCGAGUGCGGGAUCAUCGUUACUGCUGCGCCGGGCCGAGGCCGUACAGAUUCUACAUCUACCAAGCCGCGCCAUCCCAGUAUCAAAGCCGGUGCAUCCCAUCCAACAACACAGCAUACCUGGGCUUUAAUCCUAGCGCUAGCCCGGAACGUCGCCUCCGACGACGCAGCGAUGAAAGACCCCACGCGCCAAGCGUGGCAGACGAGUCUGGCGCGCGGGCUGUACGGGAAAACGCUCGGGGUUGUGGGACUGGGUCGGCUCGGCGGCGCGGCGGCGCGCAUCGCUGUCCUGGCAUUUGGGAUGCGCGUUCUCUGCUGGAGCGAGAAUCUGACGCAGGAGAAGGCGGAUCGGAAAGCGGUAGAGUUGGGGCUACCGCUUCGGGACGACAGUGGUGCGCCGACUUUUAUGGCUGUUCCGAAGAGGGACUUGUUUUGUAAGUCCGAUGUUGUCAGCUUACACUAUGUUCUCGGUGAACGGUCGAGGCACCUUGUCUCCGGGCCGGAAUUGGGCUGUAUGAAGAAGGAGGCGCUGCUGGUCAAUACUUCUCGCGGGGGGCUGAUUGAUGACGAGGCGCUGUAUGAUGCAUUGGUGGAGGGGCGUAUUGGUGGUGCUGCGCUUGAUGUCUUUGAUCUUGAGCCUUUGCCGCGAGAGAGUUAUUGGCGCUCUACGGAAUGGGGGAAGGACGGAAGGAGUAAUCUUUUGCUCACGCCGCAUAUGGGAUAUGUGGAGGAGGCACUGAUGCAUACGUGGUAUGAGGAGACGGCCGAGAAUUUGGAGCGGUGGUUGGAGGGCAAGGAAUUGCUGCAUCGUCUUGCAUGA